UACCGUAUACGUGUCUGUUAUCAUAAUUUAAAAAAUUUAAUUUAUAUUUAUUCUUUAUUAGUUCAAAGUUUUAAACUCUUCGUUAGUUCAGUCUUCAACCAGUUCCACCUAGUAUUCUUGUCUGGUCAUGGUUCCAGUCAGUAGCAGCAGCCAGUAAUCCAGGUGCAUCUCGGAAAUUGUUUAUAGUUAAUAUCGGUAACAGUUUAUUAAACGUACCACACACGAUACAAAAUGGAAAAUUUAUACCACCAGACAAAUAGGUUGAUAUUAGAAACUCAAGAAUUAUUCCAUAGAUUGGAGAGUUCAAAAUCAGAACUAGUCGAAGCUGAUGUACAAUCCAGAAUAUUAACCAUUUCACAAAAUUGCGAACACCUAGACAUUCUUGUGCACAAAGAACCUGUUUCCAGACGCAACAAUGCCAAACUACGUGUGGAUCAACUCAAAUACGAUUAUCAGCACUUGCAGUCAGCAUUAAGAACACAUCAACAAAAUCAGCUGAGGAGAUUGAGAGUUGAGCAGGAACGUGAAGAGCUGUUAAAUCGUCGGUUUACAAGAAAUUCAGACAUGAAUGAUACAACAAUAUUAAUCGAUAGUUCAAUACAACAUCAAAACUCACUACAAGGAGCCAAUCGAGGAGUUGAUGAUUUAUUAGGAUCUGGUGCCAGUAUACUACAAAGUUUGCGUGAACAACGUGAUCGACUAACAAGCACCCGAAAUCGUUUGACUGGAAUUUUUGGUUCACUUAGGCUUUCCAAUACAACUAUGAAAUACAUUGAAAAGAGAUUAAAAGAAGAUAGGUAUAUACUAUAUGGAGGAAUGGCCAUCACAAUUCUCAUUAUAAUUAUAGUAAUGAUAUAUUUCAGUUGAUGAUCAAAUAAAGUUAAUAUUUUGGUGAGUUAUACCAUAGAUUAUAAUGCUAUAAUCUAACCUAACCUUAUGGUGUUAUAUUUUAUAUGUAUCGAACAGUUAAUUGUUACUAUUUACUAAAUUAUUUUUGUACAUAACCAAAAUAUUUUUUAACUAUUUAUUUGUUAGUAAGAAAAAUGUGAUGUUUACUAACUAUUUAAUUAAUUAAAAUAAAUGAAACUUUUAACUUGUUA